GAGAAAUACAUAAUCAGUUCACGUUUCAACAUAUUUGGUGCACCAUAACCUACUUUAGGGCGAAAAAUAGAUCAAAUGGACUUUUUCUCAUCAUAUAUACAGAUAUUGCACUGACAUUUUGUCACAACCUCCCUCUUAGAGAAAUGCAUAAUUAAUCAGUUGUCAGAUGGAUUGGUGCACCAUGACCUACUUUAAAGCUUUUCUAUUCAUAACGUGCAAUUCAGAGUGCACAAUAUGCUUCCAGGUUGAAUUUCACUGUCCGACGGGCAUAUAUUGUACCGUUUGCAGAUUCAGAUUAAUACUACUAUCUGCCAUAAUGAGUCAAAGUGAAGAAGAUAGAGGGCAGCACUAUAUCGAGUGUGCCACGUGUACCAACUACUCCAAGUUCUACUGCAACACCUGUCACCUGCGACUGUGUGAACAACACAGAGACAUCCAUCUCGAGGAAGAAGACAAUAGAAAACAUGAGGUGGUUCUUUAUCAAGAGAGAAUGCUGGAAUUGCCUACAGAGAAAUGUCGGAUCCACCCCACAAGAGUGAUAGAUCUUUACUGCAGCAAAUGCAAGGUUCCAAUCUGUUCCAAAUGCUUUACCACUGAUCACAAAGGUCACCAAGUCCUUGAUCUUGAAGUUGUCUACAAUAAUAGUCUACGACAAUGCCAAAAAGAAGUGGUCAAUAUCCAAGACAUUCUCCUUCCUCAGUAUGUAGAAAAUCUGAAGUCGCAGAGAGAAAAAAUUGAAUCUGCCAAGAAAAAACUAGAGAAGAUCAGAUUAUCCAUGAAGAAGAGCGCUGAUGAGAUCAAGGCAGCAGUGGACAUCCUAUUGGCUGAAAAUAAUUCAGAGCUGGAUGUAAUGGAGAAAUUGAUACUGAACGAGAUGAACAACAAAGAACAUGAAACAGAGGAUUACGUCUCCCUCCUACAGGAAGUAAUCAAGAUGUACGAAGGCGUGACGUCAACAAGGAAAGCAACAGAGAUUUUUACGUUAAGUAAAGAGAUAGCAAGUAUUCCUUCACUGAAGAUUCCUGACUUAAGUGAAGCUGUCCUACCAGAGUUUACAAUGGGAACCAUAGAAAAACAAGAAAUAGAAAAACAGUUUGGAAAACUCAGUCAAAGGGACCCAAAAGAACAAAAAAGAGAAGAAAAAGAAAUGGUACAAACAACACGGCUGUCAGUUUCCAAAAGUGCGGAACGUCCCAAUAUGAAGCUUUCCUUCUCUAUUAUGAAACUAAAGGAAGUUAAAUUGCCAAAACUCGGUCAUGUUCAGCAUUUAUCUUCCUUACCUUCAGAAGAGGUUUGCGCCAGUGACAUGAAAGGUAACCUUGUCCUUUCUGAUCUGCGGGGAAAUCUACUACACAAAAUCUUCACCGACAUGUCAACUACCUUGGGAUAUCACACAGUCACUAGAAAGGGAGAACUAGUCUACACAAGUGACAAAAAUAAAGCCGUCUACAGAGUUGCCAGGAAUAUGACCUUCCCAACACUGAUCACCACAGGGGACUGGGAACCAGGGGCCAUCUACUCCUCUCGCAUCAAUGGAGACCUACUGGUGGGGAUGACUAGAAAUAAAGAAUGGAAGGUGACCAGGUACAGCAAGGAAGGAGAGAAGUUCCAGGACAUUCAGAGGGAUGAUAAAGGACGGGGUCUAUACCGGAGUAUUUCCUUCAUCACAGAGAACACUAACGGUGAUGUCUGUGUAUCAGACUAUGCUGCCAGUAAGGUAGUGGUGGUGACCAGAUCAGGACAGUAUCGCUUCUCUUACUCUGGUCAUAAGUCACAGGAUGGAUUCAGUCCCUAUGCAAUCUGUACAGACAUCCUGGGACAUAUCUUGGUAUGUAAUGGCUACUUUGCUUUACUGAGUGAUAAUUAUGGCAGUGUCCACCUACUGAACGAGGAUGGUCAGUUCCUGAAGCUCCUAUGUGCACCAGAUCAAUAUCAGCUAGAAGCCCACGCUGUCUGCGUUGAUUAUCAACAUAACCUUUGGGUCGGGCAUCGAGGCAGUGCUAUUGUAACAGUGUACAGUUAUCUCCAGAAUGAAGACAACUGAACAUACCCUAGUCAUUGUAGAGAGUUCAAGUGUGUCCUCUACAACCUAGGGAGUUCAAUAAUUCUGUUAUCAAAAUUUGCACCUGCAAACUUUGAGACACAAAAAUAUAUAUUUUAAAAAAAUGCAACCAUAGACUGUUGUUUUCAUACAUUUACAGAUAUGUGCACAUCAUAUUCAUCAGAAAGGUCUCGUGCCUUUUUUAAAAAGUGCUACAGAAGUUGCAAUUUAUACUUUAAAAAAAAACCUGAUGAAGAACCACUGGAAAUUAAUUAAGACAAAAUUCUUUGGAAGAGAAGCAGGGCCACACAAAAUUAUGUCGAACUGCAAACAUUCCUAAGUUGUGCGGAUUCAAAUUUUAUUAUGCCUAUAUGCACCUAUAGUAGAGGGCAUAUUGUUUUGCCCUAUCUGUCUGUAUAAAACUUUAAACCUGCUCAUAACUUUAAAAUGGUGAGUGAUAAGGCUCUUCUAUUGGAUGUGUGCAUUCUUCAUGACAAGACCUCUCUUAGUACCAAAGUUUGUAACCUUGUUACUUUGACCUACUUUUAAGAAAACCUAAAUUAGGCAAUAUAUCCUGAACUAUUUAAGGUAGGGCUUUCAUAAUUUGUAUAUACAUUCUUUAUGGCAAGAUCUUGCAUUUCUAGGGGUAGCCGGUAGGGUGGGGUUUCAAAUUUAAGAUAAGAUUUACAAAUAUGUCCAUUUCAAAUGAUGACCAACCAAUAGUUUGAGAUUCCUAGUAUGUUUUUAUGUGUAUGUUGAUCAUGUGUAUGACCACCCACCCCCACCCCCUCUUGAUUUUAUGGUCAAGGUCACCACAUUUAAAGUUACAUCAAUGUCAGGCAUAUUGUUUUUUAGUGAUUUAUUAAAACUGCUAUGUCUGGGUCAGAGAUGAGCACUCAUUCCUCAGGUGAGCUAUGUGAUUCAUGCAUGGACCUUUUUGUUUAUGUAUAGGAUGAAAUUCGCAGGUAAUCAAAGUUUAUCAAAGAAUAAAAUCUACCUAAGACUGGCUUUAAGUAUAUAAUUCCAAUAAUGUUUUAGAUAUUAGUGAAUGGAAGUUAUGACCUAUUGUCUAUACUUCAUUCUGGAAUGUUCUAUUUGGCCAAAAGAUGUUCAAGGAUAGGUUCAGUACAAUGUCAUGUAACGAAUUUCAGGAUGUUGAUCAAAUUGUCAAAUAUAUUUAUGUAUAUAUGCAUAUAUUUUUAGAAACAUAUAAUUAUAGUUUCCUUAUUUUGUACAAGUACAAAACAUUGUAGUACCAAUAUUCAAAUGUCUGUCAAUGAAUAAAUUGUUUAACUUAUA